AUGCCCACCACGACACCGACUCACCGGUUGAGCGAGCAGAAGGAGAGGUCUCCGUGCCUGGAUCGCGGCGACACCAUUGCAGUCAGCAUGUGGGGCGCACAGCGGCGUGUCACGCUCGACGUGCUCAUGGCGUGCUGGGGGAUCGGCACGUGGCUCGGCGUCAACGGCCUCUACGUGCAGCUUCCGCUGCUCGUCAAGCGACUGCCCGAGGGCUGGACUCUCCCGUCGUCUAUGGUGCUAGCUAUACAGCUCGCAAACAUCGGCAUCCUGUGUUACGGAGUUCUCCGAAGGCUCAGCUCCAGAAUUUCAGAGGCCUUCUACAUAUACAGCCUCCUAACGAUAGGGACGCUUGCGCUAAUCCUGAACGCUUUCUUAUACGACAAGACAAGUGUGAUUUUUGACACCGAGCGCUCGAUUGCGUACUUAACGUUGACGUUCUUCGCGGCGCUGGUGGGCUGCACCAGCUCAGUGUUAUUCUAUCCGUACUUAAGACAUUUCCGUGAUAUAUAUCUCGCGACGUACUUAGUGGGGGAGGGGCUCAGUGGUUUUCUGCCUAGUAUACUGGCACUGGUACAGGGCGUCGGUGGAGAGCCGGAGUGCUUACCUUCAGCGGACAAUUCGACAUUGGAGGCGCACUAUCCGCCGCCGCGAUUUGACACUACUGUGUUCUUGCUGCUGCUUGGCGCGUUGUCAGCGACAAGUCUGGUCAGCUUCACUACUAUUAAUAACUUUAAAGGCUUUCGUCCGGAGAGGGUGACUCCGGUGGCGGCGGCCAAAAAUGAGGAGGCAACGAAAGAUCACAAAUCAAUCUUAAGACCUCGUUGGAUGUGUGUGCUUGUGCUGAUGUUAGUACUAAACGCUCUGAGCAACGGCUUAUUGCCGUCGGUUCAGCCGUAUUCGUGUAUGCCGUACGGCACCCGCGCGUACCACCUGGCGGUGACGCUGGGCGCCAUGGCUAACCCGGCCGCGUGCCUUGCAGGCGUGUGGCUGCGCCCUGUGGAUUCUAAAGUCCUCGGGGCGAUGCUGGGCAUUACUGUGCUGCCUUUCUGCUACAUUAUUGCGACGGCACUUCUCAGUCCGACGCCGCCGCUGCUGUACACCAAUGUUGGUGAAAUAUUAAUUGUGCUGUGCUGGAUCAAGGUCUCCGGCGUGAUAUCAUACGCACGUAUGUGGGCGUACGGGUGGGCCCGAAGAGGGGGCGCCAAGGGCAUGCGGGCCUGUGGAGCUGUGACUCAACUGGGGUCCAUGUUUGGCUCCAUAGUCACGUACUUUUUAGUCAACUACACGAAUCUGUUUGUGCAGCCCAAAGAUUGCAGUAGACUCCUAAGCAACCCAUAG